UUCCGCUCUUCUUUUCUUCUUUUCGCGGUUUCUGCUCAUAUUCUUGCAUAUUACUCUGUUGGGUCUUCUUGAUUGCAUUGGAAAUGGCCAGAGCAGAGAUUGGAUGAAGUUGUGGCUCUUGGUUGUUGUCAUUGUUUGUUUAAUGCUAUGUUGGAGCAGAGUGGGUUGUGGGGGCAAUGUAAUUAAAGUGUUCAUGCUUAAGCUGGAUGUGACUUGGAAAAUUUCAGCUGGAAUUGGUUUUCUGGGAUUUCAUUUGGUUUUUCUGAAUUUGUUUAGUAUGCUGCUCACAACAAUUCCUGAGAGAUCUAACCAAUAUUCAAGAAGGUUCCGAAGAUUGCAUGCAAAGCAAACAUUGUUACGGAAUGUAGAUGCUUAUGCUGACUUCAUGUUCCAGAAGUGGCAAGAUGAGGCUGAUGAAGAUGACCCAUUCCUAGGUAGAGGCUCCUCAUGGUUUAAGCAGUACUGGACUAGGGGACCGAGGAGUGAUAGGAGCAGAAGACACGGACCCCAACGUUGGUGUAGAGGAGGUUUCCAAUUCUGUGAAGAAGAUGAUGAUGUUGAUACAAUUUUCAAGUCUCCCUUUGGUGGGAAUAAAUUCUACUUCUGGUCAUUUAUUAAUGAUGAGAAUCUCCACUGGUGGGCAAGCACGUCGAGCGACACAAAUAGUUAUGGGAGAUAUGGGAAGUGGAGAUUUUCCAGCUAUGAUGAAUACGACUCCUCAUCAGAGUGUGGGAAUUUAGAGACAGAAUCUUCUGAUAGAAUGGCCCUUGGGUUGAGGGUAUCGGGUCCUUUAAAGCUUGAAGAUGUCAAGAAUGCAUAUCGAGCUUGUGCAUUGAAAUGGCAUCCUGAUCGUCACCAUGGCUCUUCCAAGGCCGUUGCUGAGGAGAAGUUCAAGCUAUGCAGUGCAGCAUAUCAGUCUCUAUGUGAUAAGCUGGCUGUAAACUGAGGAUGCAUCAGAUGGUUCUUCAGGUUCUGGACCCCGGAAGUGUGAAAAUCCAUGAUAGAUGCGAGGAACAUGUGUUACGCGCUAACAAAUGCACAAAAUACGUCGGUCCCCAUGCAUCUUCAUGGUUAUCAUUGACAUAGAUCUUUCGAGUAGAGGUGUCAGUGCUGCCUGGUUUCGUUGCUGCCGGUCACUUAUUCUGGAAGCGGCAGCCGAGGCUUUGCUAUCUUUGAUGUAUCACCAUUUGUUUAAUUGGUUUACAAGGAGUAUGUCUUGGCAGACAUCAGGAACUAAUUAGCUUUUCUUUCUCAUUCUUUACUGCCUAGGAUCUAGCAUAAAGAUAGGAGCAAUGUGUCAAUACUGUCUCUAGCCGAGAUUGGGGAAUUUUAAGGUUUCAUGAAUCUAAUGAUUUCUCAAGACUUUUGUCCAGUGGA